UGUUAUGUUAUUAUCAAUACGGAAAUUCUGCUUAAUAUAUCAAAUGUUUUCCACAAAUUUCUCAUUCUUACCUUCACCCAUUCACAAGAAGGUUGUGCGGUCUCACAGUUUGCAAAAUGAUCAGAAAUCGUCAAAUAUGCAUUUUCAUGGUCUGUGUUGGUUUGGCGUUUGCUGAAAUAUGUUCACCAGACGACAAUAUGUAUUACAACCCCCAGUUAGGAAUGUGUGCAAAAUGUGACAGCUGUCUACGUGGAAUGGGAAAGGAUACUUUAAAAGUUAACGAAAAAAUAAAAUGGGAUCAAGCACACGGAGCACUUACAUGUACACCAUGUGUACUUUGUACUACUGGAUACUAUAAUGACCGACGGGAUUUCGACUGUAAACCAUGUAAUAACUGUUCCCAACAGAAUCGUUACGAAAUAGAACAAUGUACAUCAAUAUCGGAUGUAAAAUGUGGUGCUAUAAUCAAAACGGAACAUCCAGUAACAGACAGCAUACAAGCAAAUCCAACGUCACUAAAAAUAAAAGAAUUCCACAUUUUGGUAACCCUAGUUGUAACUACAGUUGGUUCAUGUGUGGUAAUAGCAUUAGUUUUGUUAUGUUUCAUUUACCAACGAAGGAGGUACAAAUCAAAAGAUGGAAAUUUUACCAUGAACAACAACGUAGAGUGUAAUGAUUCCAUGCAAAGGGUACCACUGGUUGUUGUUGAUAACAGAACAAGUGCACCAACAUCACAAACGGGCGAAGACCGGGUAUAUGACGUAUCUACAAAACAGAGCACAAUUAUCAAUUUUCCUACAUCUAGUAACACAAUUUCACAACAGAUGUCACCAGGGAGCGAAACAACGCCUAAGGUGGUUGCGACAAACAGUGAUGAUCAAAAUAGGGAAUUUCAAUCUAACUCAGAAGUAUCAUCAAAUCAUCAGUGUUCAUCAAUAAAGGCAAUAAAUUCAAACAAAUUAACAAACAAUUGUGGAAAAAUACACGGUCCACUAUUGUGCUGUGCUACCAUACUAGAUUCUUCAAUAGAUGAUGUGAGUAAAAGUUCAAUGAGCACUGGAAGCUCUCCGUUAGUGUUAGACACUUUCCUUAAUGAAAGAAAUGACAAAUGUCAUGAGGCACUAUCUAUAUAUCCGGAAACAUGUAUGCUUAAGAGAUCUAAUUGUAGCAUUUUAACAAACGGGUCUAUGUUUAACCAUGACAAAGAGUGUAGUCCUUCAUACUUCUGUAAGUGUUAUGACUGUUCGAAUCACUAAAAUCGUGUUGGUAAUGUAGCUUCAAUCUACUAGUUGUAUUAGUGGUAGUGGUAAUAGAAGUAGUAAUAGUAAUAGAAGUACUAAUAUAUUGACUUAAGUUUUGAGAAUUACAUGUGUUCAUAUUUCGAAUAAAAAUAUAUAUAUUCAAGAUACGGCAUAGUGAUAAAAAAUAUUAUGUUUAUACGUUAGCAUUAAUUUUUAUUUUGUUGUUACGGAUUGCAUUAAAUAUAAUAAUGUAUUCAAAAUGAAAAAUGUCUUACUUUAAUCUAUCUAUAUUGCACAGUAUUUGAUUUCUAUUUUCGUACAAUUUGCCUUUUAUUGGUGUGCAAUCUACUGAUCAGCAAUGUUAGUAACGACACAGAAACCAGAAAUACACACUAGAAGUUAACUGUUAGUGGAGACUUCCGAAAAUGUGUCAUGAAAAGCAAAUACUAUCAUGCUUUCUAAAACCAAAACAAAAAUGAUGAUUGAAAGAUAAAUAAGCAAAGAACCAAAACUGAAACCGUUGUAACGUGUUUGGCUUAUAAACUAUCUGUUCGUAUCCGUUUUCACAGAAUCUGAGAUACUCCAAUAUCAAUCUUUUAAUUAACUCAAAAUCUAACUACAACUUGGAGGCUUUACUAAAAAACUAUGAGACCAACCUUUAAACUUUGAAACUUAAUAAAGAAACAACAAUAUUUACACAAUUAACUUUGUAUCAAAAAGUAGUCUAAAAACUAUAACCUCAAUUUAUCCUUAAUCCUUUCACCGACUC